CCGCUAGUCUAGUGAAAAGCCGCCUCGGGCUCGGGUGGAGUUGGCGCGAGACGGACUCGGCGCGAGCUGCUGCGGAAGGGGGCCGGGAGCCACGCGCACUGCCUCGCGGGAGCCACGUGCCGCCGCCGGAGCGAGGGAAAUCCCCGGGAAGGAGGGAAAGCCGCGCGGCCGGUGGGUUCACGCGGGGCCGAGGCCCCGGCCACGGCCACGUGCUUUUUGGCGGUGGGAUGGAGCUGGAGGAGAGCGGCAUCCGCGAGGAGUGCGGCGUGUUCGGCUGCAUCGCCUCGGGAGAGUGGCCCACGCAACUGGAUGUGCCCCAUGUGAUCACCCUAGGGCUCGUGGGGCUCCAGCACCGGGGUCAGGAGAGUGCUGGAAUUGUGACAAGUGAUGGAUAUGGUUUAAUGCCAACAAUUCGAACCCACAAGGGAAUGGGUCUUGUAAAUCACGUAUUUACUGAAGAUAAUUUGAAGAAGCUAUAUGUCUCAAACCUUGGAAUUGGUCACACAAGGUAUGCCACAACCGGGAACUGUGAAUUAGAGAAUUGUCAGCCCUUUGUUGUUGAAACUCUCCAUGGGAAGAUUGCAGUGGCACAUAAUGGAGAAUUAAUAAACUCUGUUCGUCUGAGGAAAAAGCUUUUGCGCCAUGGAGUUGGGCUGUCGACAGGUUCUGACAGUGAGAUGAUCACCCAGUUGCUGGCAUAUACACCUCCACAUGAAAAGGAUGACAGCCCUGACUGGGUGGCAAGAAUUAAGAAUUUAAUGAAGGAAGCCCCUACAUCAUAUUCCUUACUUAUUAUGCACAGAGAUGCUAUUUAUGCAGUAAGAGAUCCUUAUGGAAAUCGCCCCCUGUGUAUUGGACGUCUUAUUCCUGUCUCUGAUAUAAAUGGAAGAGGAAGAAAUAAUUCUGCAACUGAAGGAUGGGUGGUAUCAUCUGAAUCCUGCAGUUUUUUAUCUAUUGGUGCAGUGUAUUAUCGUGAAGUUUUGCCAGGAGAAAUUGUGAAAAUAUCCAGACAUAAUGUUCAGACUCUUGAUACUGUACCAAGGUUUGGAGGAGAUCCAGUGGCUUUCUGUAUCUUUGAAUAUGUUUAUUUUGCAAGACCGGAUAGUAUAUUUGAAGGUCAGAUGGUAUACACAGUUAGACACCGAUGUGGUCAGCAACUGGCCAUUGAAGCCCCUGUGGAUGCAGACUUGGUUAGCACUGUUCCUGAAUCAGCCACACCAGCAGCUCUUGGUUAUGCAGGAAAGUGUGGUCUUCCAUAUGUAGAAGUACUUUGUAAAAAUCGAUAUGUAGGAAGAACCUUCAUUCAACCAAAUAUGAGAUUAAGACAGCUUGGUGUGGCAAAAAAAUUUGGAGUCCUUUCUGAUAAUUUUAAAGGCAAACGGAUUGUCCUGAUAGAUGAUUCCAUCGUAAGAGGCAAUACCAUUUCACCCAUUAUUAAGUUGCUCAAAGAAUCUGGAGCAAAAGAGGUUCAUAUUCGAGUAGCUUCACCACCAAUAAGAUUCCCAUGCUACAUGGGAAUAAAUAUUCCAACAAAAGAAGAGCUUAUUGCCAAUAGGCCUGAAUUUGAUGAUCUUGCAAAAUAUAUAGGGGCUAAUAGUGUUGUAUAUCUAUCUGUGGAAGGUUUAAUAUCAUCUGUGCAAGAAGGGAUGAAAUUGAAGAAGCAGAAAAUAGAGAAGCAAGAAAAUAUAAUUCAAGAAAAUGGAAAUGGUCUGAAAUACUUUGAGAAGCAUGGGCAUUGUACAGCAUGUCUCACUGGAGACUAUCCUGUAAAAUUAGAAUGGUGAAUGUGUCAUUGAGUGGUGGUUGGAAAAAGGGGGAAAAAAAGGUAUGAUAUAAAAUUGAACUUAAAAAAUCAAAAGUUGUGAAUCAAAAGUUAUGCCUUAUGUGUUCCUAAAAGUAGUUUUUAACACCUCAAAUCCUGCAACAUGGUUUUGUUUGCCUUUGUAAUCUUGUUUAUUUGUUUUUUUUAAUAAGAUGUGAAAACCAAAGUGUUUUAAUAUCUUGAAUAUCCUAGAUUUAAUAUACUCAUGUAAUAUUAUCUAGGAAUGUUGGGUAUUGCUUUCAGCUUUAUCAAAUAGUUCAGCAAAAGCUCUUAGGGCACUGUUAGUGGGAUUUUACAAAUUUUGUUUGAAGCUAUCAAACAAAUAUAGGACAAAAUUUCAAGUUUGUGCUACAAGGGGAUUUCAGUUACCAUACUUGCCAAAAAAAUUCUCAUAGGAUUUUACUAUUUUUAUUUAAUGAAAUAAAUUGCCUCAUUUUAUUUCUGAAUGCUUUCAUAAUUUUUUUUCAUAAAUCAGUGUCUUAGCAUAGCAGAAUGGGAGAGGAGGCCUUUCUUAUUUGCUACAUUGGUAUAUGUACUAUCUAUACCAGUUUCACUAUUACAAGGCAGGUGAGUUGACAAGGUGUUCAUAACUUCAAGAAUAUCUCAGAAAAGAGUAGAAUGAAGAGUCCAUGGGGAUUUGUUGUAUACAGUACAGAUAUGUUGUAUGGAAACUGUAGUAGUUCAAAGUAUUUGUUGAUUCAUAUCCCCAAAUUUUUCUAUCACUGAAAAAUAAAACUAUCUAGACCAGGGAAUUCAUGGAGUUAAAAACAAUUUUUAAAAAAAUAACUGUCUUUCACUUGUAAUUUGUUUCAUUAUUAAACUUAUGUAUUUUAUUUUAUUUUUAAAUGCUUGCGGUCUCAAGGGGCUUGGGGGAGGAAAGGAAACAAUUUGAGACUCAAAUUUUUAAAAAAUGUUUAAAAAAAUUGUUUACUGUGAUUGAGAAUAAAAAUUAAAUGUUAAAAAAAGUAAUUUGAGAAGAGGUUCUUAGACGUCAUGAGACUGCCCGUGGAAUAAUAAAGAAUCCAUGGACCUAGGAUAAAAACUAGGAA